AUGCCAAAAUUUAAAUUAAUGUGGAUAUUUUAUGGUUUAACAUUUUUAACAAUAAAAGUUGUAUACGGUAAUGCUGAUGCAAAACGUUUAUUGCAUGAUUUAAUGCGUGGCUACAAUAAACUUGUAUUACCUGUACAAAGUAUAAAUCAAACAGUUAAUGUAACAUUAGGUUUAAAAUUAUCACAAUUGUCCGAUAUUGAUGAAAGAAAUCAAAUAAUGACAACAAAUGUUUGGUUAGAACAUGAAUGGUCUGAUUGUAAAUUAGUGUGGCAACCAAGUCAUUAUGGUGAUAUAAAAGUAAUUGAAGUUCCCAGCAGUAAUAUUUGGAUACCCGAUAUCGUUUUAUAUAAUAAUGCUGAUGGUACAUACGAAGUAAAUACAGUGACAAAAGCACAUGUGUAUUGGAAUGGUACAAUUAAAUGGAAUCCGCCUGUUAUCUAUAAAAGUUAUUGUUCAAUUAAUAUUCAAUAUUAUCCGUUUGAUGAACAAAAUUGUAGUCUCAAAUUUGGAACAUGGUCACAUAAUGGAAAAUUGGUUGAUUUGCAACAUAAAUCGGGUGAUAUUGCUGUUACCGUUGGCGUUGAUCUAACCGAUUAUUAUCCAUCAAUUGAAUGGGAUAUAUUGUAUGCACCGGCUGUUCGUCACGUUCUUUUUUAUCCAUGUUGUAAAGAUGAUCCCUAUUUUGACGUUACAUUUUCACUUGUUAUUCGCCGUAAACCAUUAUUUUAUCUAGUUAAUCUUGUUAUACCGUGUGUUAACAUAGCAUUUCUUACCAUACUCGUUUUUUGUCUACCAUCGGAUUGUGGUGAAAAAUUAACAUUAUCUAUUUCCAUUUUUGUCGCGUUACAAGUGUUUUAUUUGUUACUUGUUGAUCUUAUACCACCAACUUCACUCAAAAUUCCUCUAUUAGGAAAAUAUUUGUUAUUUACGUUAAUUCUUGUUAAUUUAUCAAUAUUUAUUACGAUUAUAACGCUAAAUAUUCAUUGGCGUCAUCCAAAUACCCAUCAUAUGCCAGAUUGGGUUAAAAAAUUAUUUUUUGAAAUAAUGCCACCAUAUGUUUUUAUGAGUCGACCAAAUAUAAGUGAUGCACUACUAGGAAAACAGCAGCAAACAGAUUCGUUGAAUAAUGACGAUGAUAACCGAAGUGGCGAUCUUUUAUCGUAUUUUGAAGAUCUACAUGAACAAGAUAAAUAUCCGUCGGUAAUACAAGAGGCAAUUCGAGAUAUUAAAUAUAUUAGUGAAACGAAACGCGAAGCAGAAAAAGAUGAUCUCGUAAGUCAGCAACAAUACAAUUGUUAUCCGAUCGUAUCUAAUCCUUCAACUAUGAAGCAAUAG